AUGCCACCCACCUUUGGGAUCCCUCCUGCAGCAGGAAUGAAUCCAACUCCCGGAGUUCCUCCAGCACCUGGAAUGCAUUCAUUCUCUACAAUGCGCCCAGCUUCCGGUACACCAACUCACGGAAUGCCUACAGCAGCAACAAUGCCACUAACAUCAUCUGUGGGACCAACUGCUGGAAUGCCACCUACUCUGGGUAUGCCGACAGUCUCAACAGCUCCGAUUAAUUCCGGGAUUGCGCCUACCUCUGGGAUGCCCCCAAAUUCAGGAAUAGUUUCUGUACCUGGAAUGCCGCCUGCUGCAGGAAUGCCACCAGCUUCAGCGAUGACUUCUGCUUCUGGCAUGCCACCAGCUUCAGCAAUGACUUCUGCUGCUGGUAUGCCACCACCUUCCUGGAUGCCUCCUGUUUCUGCUAUGGUACCAGCCUCUAAAAUGCCACCUUCUGGAAUUGCACCGACCUCUACAGUACCGCCUACUCCUGGGAUGCCAGUUAAUGCGGGUGCCGUACCUGCUCAGGGAUUGCCACAGACGACAGGCGUUAUUGCGGCUUCUGGGCCUCAUGUUCAGGGAGGCUAUCCAGGUCUUGGGAUGCCUUUGCCACCUGGAUUG